UGCAUGGUAAACUAAGAUUCUGGAGCUGAGAAGGCCGGAGAAGCUGGCAAAACGGACGGCUGCCGAGAGUCAAGACUAACGCGGCCGAUUGACACUGGCGAUCACUACCUUGAACCAGACGGCAGGCUCUAUGUUACAGUCAGGUAGAGGUACUCCACCUAUGACGGGAACGCUGCCGUCCUGCAGCGAAAUCUCUACGCAUUUCCACGAGCUCUGGAGCCCCACCAUUAGAUGCAUCUUCAGCGUUUCCACACCGGCGUCUACGAGCCACGCCUCUUUCUAUGAGCCACGCCUAUUUAGCGCCUCGCGCCGUGUUCAACGAGCCACACCCUAUCAUAUCUCGAUCGCCCUAACGCGGACUGUUCGGGCAGCGCAAUAAUAUCCACCAUGGGUUCUCUACGCAAUAUUCUUCUUCUUUUCACAUUGCUGAGGGUGUAUUGCUGCAACGCAAUAGCGCUGCUAGUGUUCCCAGAGGGAGAGGUGCACAGUAUUCUCUAUACAGCACCUGAUGAAGACCACUUUGGGAUCAACUGGGGAACUGGUGAUGGAGGUUUUUUUGACAAUGAUGGCACAUUUACUGUGGGAGAUGAAGAGCCAGCUACCAAUAGAAUGAAGGGGAGAAGAGUAAUAUUCACUGCAUCACCAGUAGUUAAUGGAACAACUCUGAGAUGUGUUGUCGUCAACUUUCGUCAACUUAGUGACUCCCCUGAACCACUUGGUUUCACCAUCAUCAUUCAAGGCACCCUGGCGGCUCCUGGUGUGGACAAUACAAUCAGGGAAGAUGGGUCCAUACUGUUCACCUGGAGUCCUCCGUUCUCUCACAACAUCACUGAUGUGGAGCCAGACAUCUCCCGCUAUCUAGUGACCAUUAUCAACAUGGAGGACCAUCAUUCUAUGCUCACUGUCAACACAACAGACACUGAGUACCUCCUCCAGUCACAAGACUGCCAGCUAUCUGACUACCAAGUGGAGAUAGCAGCAGUCAAUGUUGUUGGUGUGGGAGACAAAUAUACCAGUCCUCCACUGACUCUGGAUGUACUUGAUUUUUCAGACGGAUUUUCUUUUAUUCUUGGUGAAAAUCCAGUAAUCAGCUUUCAGGUCUGUGCAAGCUACCAAGUCACUUUGGAAUAUAAAUUUAAACCAACUUGUACAAAGGAAGACAUUCACUUGAUGGCUAAUGUUGCUGGUGAUGGACUAAAAACCCUAAACAUUUCCUUACCGAAUGUCAAAUUUAAUGAACGUUAUAAAGUAACUGUGGGAGUCAAUGGAACUGAUGUUUUCAUGUACGGCCAAAGUUUUAGUACAUUUGAUGUCCAGGAUGUGGAGAUAGAACAGAAGAGCAGAGGUCAUGAGAUAGCAUGUUACUUUGCUCCUGGGUCACAGACCAAGGGUUGUAGAAUAGUUAUAAUCCAAGAGGGAAGAGGUGGAGACUGUGAAUUAAACACAACUGCUACAAGACUGGAGGGAGCUGGAGAUGCAGAGUGAAUGUGGAGCUACCAGCAGGAGAGUAUUCAGUGGCAGUCUAUGAUGAUGAGGAGGUGAAGACUGUAGGUCAAGAGAAUCCUGCUACACCACUACUCUAUCAGUCUCUGGUACAUCGGACUUUGGUUGUAUAGAUCUAUCAACAGUAGCAGAAAAACAAGGUGACAGCAGUGACAGUUUAUCUCUGGUGAUAGCUGUUCCACUGAGUGUGUUUUGUGUGACCAUCACCACCCUUUCCAUAACUAUAAUGGUGAUAUUUCGUCUACAGACGAAGAGGAGUGAGGAACAAACAGCAGCAGCAAACACCACAAUUCACUAUGGACAACAACCCAGUGUAUGUGGUUCACAAACACCCCCAGUCUGUGUCUCUCACAGAACAACAACAACAACAACAACAACAGCAGCAGCAGCAGGAGUCAGAGUUUGAUAUGGACCACAACCCUCUGUACAUGCUCCAUACCAGGCCUCAGCACAAGAACAAUCCCAGUGGAGACCAUGAAUAUGAAACUGUUCAGCCAUUACCUGUGACGUCAGUUUCAUGUGAUGCCAUGUAGUUAUGACUGUGACA